CUCUCCUAGGUUUUUAUUUCAUAAAUCAAAAUUCUAGUACCUUGUAGGCGUCCGUUAUAAAUACUCCUAUGAUUCCCCAACUCAUAAUCUAAUGAUUUUAUAUUUCCGAUUUUCCUUCCUUUUGUGCUAUUCUUCUCUCUCUAGCAAACAGCAAAAAUGUGCGGCGGAGCUGUCAUCUCCGACAUCGAUCCGUUCGUAAAACGAAGCCGGAAAGUAAACGCCAAUGAUCUCUGGAACGAGCUCGACACCUACAAUCGCUUCGCCUGGAAUAUAAAGCCACCGUCUCCAGUUCGUAAUCGUACCACCAUGAACGACUACACUCCAAACUCCAACCAAGGCACUAGGAAACAAACUCAGAAACCGAUGGAAAAAAAGAGUAAACCUCGGAAGAAUCUCUACAGAGGUAUUCGCCGGCGACAAUGGGGAAAAUGGGCUGCUGAAAUCCGGGACCCUCAACAAGGCGUUCGAGUAUGGCUCGGGACAUACAACACACCUGAAGAAGCUGCUAAAGCUUACGACGAAGCCGCCAGGCGAAUCCGAGGCAAUAAGGCCAAGCUCAACUUCCCUCCGCCACAUACGCCUCCGCCGCCGCCACCCGCCAAGAAGCUCUGUGUCGAAACCACCGACUCCAAUCUUUCGAUCAAUUAUGAACCACCUUCGCCGUACGAGUUCAAGGCCACCACUGAGUCAACUCAGCCAAUGGCGCAUGGUCAAAUGCUCCCGCCGCCGUUGGAUUACGGUGGUCUCCACCUCCAUCCGGCUGUAGAUGACCACGAAUUCAAAGAACAAAUCUUGAACUUGGAAACUUUCUUGGGUCUCGAGCACGAGUCGACUCAGUUUGAUGAGUCAGGUGAUUUUUGGGCAUUGGAUGACUUCCCGGCUGUUUGAGCUCAAAUAUUGCAAUGAAAUUAAUCGUUAAUUAUGGGGCAAAUAAUGUAUAAAAAACCCUUUAUAUUUUUGACGUUUUUUUAUGGAAGUUAUAUAAUAUUAAAACUCUAUAACAUCUUUAUUAAUUACAAAAACUGAAGGAAGAUAAAUCAUACCUGUUGACCUCUUACAGGUUCAUUUAAUGAUAAAAUACAUUCAAUCAUAUAAUAUUAUACUUAUUUAUAAUCAAUGAUUUGCAUAUGGAAUGCAUUUUUAAUAAUUAGAUUAUAGUUUUUGUUUGUUUGGUAUUUAAAAUUUAAAAUACGAGAGAAC